ACAAUUCCUGCCGGGAACACCGCGUUGGUGGAUUUGCUGUAAGAAAGAUGAAGUCCUUUGCAGUAUUACUUUUGACUGUGGUUUAUUUGAGAUUUUCUAUCAAUGCUCGUGAUGUUUAUCCUAGCCGGAAGCGGAAUAAAACUCAAGAUGCUUACGAUAGUACUUCGAUUUCGUUCGAAGGCGAAAGUUGCGUGGAAGCAAAGCCAUCCGCUGACCAGAGCCUUACAAAAGCUAUCUGCCAUCCAUACCGUCCAAUCGCCAGAAGGGCAGAUAAGAACGUGAAGAGGACUGAGGUUUGCAAGUCGACAGUGGGUGAUGAUCUGUUAUUCGCUACACCGGCCGAGCAAGAAUGGCGCGAGAAUCUUUUCGUGACGUACACCAUACGCUCACGAGUUGGAAAAGUACAACGCAUGCCCAAAUCUCCGAGUCGACUGCUGACCAAGUUUUGUUGGCAGCUUAUCGUGCACAUGUACUGCAGGUUCUUUUUACCAAAAUGUGACAUGACAUCAUCAAGACCUCGGGCUCAGCCUAUUUGUAGAGAGGCGUGCCGGGAAUUUAAGAGCCAGUGUCAGAAAGAAUGGACUCAGGCACAAAGGAAAUUCAAGAGUGUGUCGUGGGCUGUGCAGAAACUUGCAUCUGGGUUGGAAAGAAGUUCUUCGCUUAUGUGGUGCAAGGACCUGCCCAGACAAAGAGGACCAGAUAUUCCAGAAUGUUAUUAUCCUAAGAUGUUGCAAGAAAAGAAAGAAAAACCUCGACCGUUUACGGACACUUGUUUCCAUGAUGACGGCCGGACAUACCGCGGCAAUGUGUCUGUGACACGAUCUGGUUACAAGUGCCAGUCCUGGACUUCCCAGUGUCCUCAUCGACACCACAGAACACCAGAAAACUUUCCUGAACUGAAUGGCGCUGGCAAUGCAUGUCGGAAUCCUGGUGGUCAGGCCCCUAACGGUCCCUGGUGUUACACCACAACUGUGAAUCAGAGAUGGGAGUAUUGUAAUGUGAUCAACUGUGAAACACUAAAGAAAAGCAAAGGAAUGGCGAGGGCUUACGUUCUUUCCAAAAGUGAUAUCUCUGAUAGAUGCCUUCGAACUGUGGAUCUGAUUUACUGCAACCACUACUUUCAAAAGUGUGACAACACGUCAUCAAAGAUUCUUCCAGUUCCGGUCUGUAGGGGGGCCUGCAAUGUUAUGGUACAGAGACAUUGCAAAGAAGAGUAUCGUCGCGCUAAGGAAAUUAACAAUGCUGUACAAGACUCCCCUGCAUUAGGGACUCAAUGGAGUUUUGAAUUGCUUAACUGCUCAGAGUUUCCACCGAGAAACGGAGGCUCUAUUCCAGAGUGUCAUUAUCCUGAAGAACUCGAAGAAAGAAACAUCUCGGAAGGAGACUUUAGUGAUGAAUGUUCCUAUGGUGACGGUCAAUCAUACCGUGGAAAUGUAUCUGUUACACAGUCCGGUCACACGUGCCAGUCUUGGAUUUCCCAGUGUCCUCAUCGACACCACAGAACCCCAAAGAACUUUCCCGAACUGAUCAACGCCGGCAAUGCAUGCCGGAACCCUGAAGGACAGGCCCCUCUCGGUCCUUGGUGCUACACCACAAAUUCUUCAGUUCGCUGGGAGUACUGUAAUAUCUCUACUUGUACUCCAGAAGACGCAACGUUGUCCAAUUGGAGUCCCUUCACCAAGUGUUCAGUAUCUUGCGGGAACGGCUGGACCACACGCACGCGCACUUGUGGCAGACCGCGUCUUGGCGGGAAAAAUUGCUCCUCGCUCGGUGCUCUCUUUGAACGGCAACAAUGCAGCCUUCAAGAUUGUCCUGAGAAUGACGACAAUGUUGAAGAAGUGCCAGUGGAUGAGACAGUGCACACAAAGAUAUUAGAGCUAAACUCGACAUGGACCAUCAUUCUUUCAACCAUUGGAUCUAUUCUUUUUAUCGUCAGCGUGAUUCUGGUCGUUACUUUAGUCAAGAAACAUACAGGUCGUAAGCAAAAUAACCCCAACAUCCAAGAUGAAGAGAAAAUCACUCCUUAUGCAACAGUUCGCCUCAGUGAAGUUUUUCCAGCAAAUGCAGCAAAUUAUGGCUAUUCCAUUCCUGGCAUGUACGAAAAUCCUCUGAAGGCUUUGCCUCUCCCGGGCCACCCGUGGAUGAAUACAAGACCAAGAGCUGUUGGAAGGCAGGAGAUGCGAAGAUCACCAUAUGAAAAUCUCGACCAUCUGGGGAGGAAAGCUGUCAAUCCUCUCCAGUAUCUCUUUUAUCAGCCUCGUUAUGAAAAUGAAUUAGCUGAUAAUACAACCCGAGAUGUGGUUUUUAUAACGCCUGGGUACGACAAGUUGAUGUCAACCACAAGGAAGAAGAGGCGGGAAAUUUACAGAGGUGAAGCCACGCGCUUAGCACGCGAGAAAGCGAACAUGUCCGUAUAUGAUUCUCUCGUCCGCGAAAUCAACCUCAAGUGUAAAAGCCGAAGAGAAGAUUUGACGGAAACAGAAGAAGACGGUGAAAGGAGUAUUGAUGUCAGUAUGGAUGAACUCUCCAGCGACGAAAGUGGCCCAACUUGCUCAAAGGAUGAAGAUGAAAAUACAGGAGCCUCAGAGGAGUUAUUAAACAAUGGUAAUAAGGUUGACGUUGAGAACGGUUGCAUUGCAAAUGACUGGAAUACAUCCGCGGAGCAAUGUGAAGAACAAACUCUGAGUUUAACAGAAAUCAAAGAUAAUUUCUCGCCGUGUUCCCAAGCUGCCUUUAAAAUGGACGAUAAAAGAGGCUUAUUUCAGUUUUAUAGCUCCAGUGAUCCGUUACACAACACUGAACAAGAACAA